AACCUCAAACUGAAAUUUGAUGAUUGCGAACGCACGCGGUACUUUACGUGGUCUAAUCCACAUUGCAGCAAUUUUUGGAGCAGUCUGGUUUUUAGUUAUUACCAAACGGCUCGUUGUCGUCGUUGUAAGCGUCUAAUGGCCACGGACACCACCCUUCCAGUGUCUGAUGCUGAAGAUGGUGAGGUCUUUGUAAAAGGUCCAGCCAGAUUUAUAAUUAGGGAUGAUUUACAAGUGAUGCCCCCAUUUACUUCUACAAGCUCUUCUUUAGUUAAGAACCUUGGAUUCACGGGAUGGAAUAGUAUUGAGGAGUUGACAGUCAAUGUAGGAGUUGAUGAGGUUUUGAAGUUGCUUACGUGCUCGUUAGUAUCAAAGAUGCCUUCCACUGAAACUCUGCUGAAACAUGCACCCCUCCCAGAAUUGAGCCAUGAAAAUGUUGACCAAGAAAUAUAUGUUGAAUCUCAAAUGAAAGGAGACACCACGAAUGAGGAAGAAGAAAAGAUUUCUAUUAGGAGUUUGUUAAUUUACUCUUCAGUUUCUUGACUCUUCCACUCGGGUUUAUUGUGAAACAGAUGCAGGAUAACUCUACGAAAGGAUGCAAUGGUCAGUUGUACAAAAGUGUCCUGGAUCUUGAUGAGCAAUGCUUGAAGUCAAAUAACAAUAAGAAAAUGCUAGUGAGUCCCAAGCUUCUCCCUGGAUUUGGCUAUAAGAAAGAACCAUCCUUUGGGAAUAGAGGAAGCCUCGUAUCGGCUGGCUGUUGAUACCAGCCUUAUCCACUCUAAUAAACAAGUGAAAUCAGUUGAAUUCAUAGACCCAAAAUCCCACCAUAACAAAGAUGAUAACGCUCUUGGAUUUUUGAAAGGACCGGCGAUGUUCAUGACAACCGACAGUCUCAACGUAAGUCCGAUCUCUGCAAUUCUUGGCCUGUCAAUUUUAUGCGAAUUGAAUGUACCUGUCACUGACAUUGA